AGUGAUAACUCGUAGUGGUUGGUAACAUCAUUUGUUGGCACGAUGGCGUCUGGCGGUGCGGAAAAUACACCAGAGGAAAGGACCGAGCCAGCGGCGCCGGCACAACCCCUCACCAAUGUUGUGAGCGAAACAGCGCACAGGAUAUUAGCAAUGAAUAAGGAUUCUGAUCUUACUGGUGUGCCACCAAAGAAGUCACGUGUCGAAGUACAAUCUCUUCCAACGAGGCAAUAUUUGGAUCAAACUGUAGUACCAAUUUUAUUACAAGCUCUAUCCACGUUGGCCAAGGAAAGACCCGCAGAUCCCAUCAGCUUUCUAGCCGGAUACUUGCUGAGGAAUAAAAAUCAAUACGAUAAUGGUGAAUCUCCACCAACUAGUCAAUGAACUGCUUACGCAUUUAUAAGUAUGUGGUGAAAAUUAAAGAAUUACAAACAUUUAUUGACACUUCUUAGGAACGUACUCAAGUUGGGCAAGGUGUAUUUGUGUAAUUUUGAAUUAAAUAAAAAUGUAUUAGCUUUUUAUCAUAUAAAA